AUGUUGGAAAGAUUGAAGCUUGUUGUAAUCGGAGACUGCAACUGUGGAAAAACGUGUUUCAUUAGGAUGUGCAGCGAGAAACGAUUUAUAAAAACGUACACACCAACCGUGGGAGUCGACUACGGCGUUAUAAAGUAUUAUUUGAAAGGCGAAGAGAAGAUAGAAGUUGAUGUCUUCGAUUUAUCAGGAGGUCCAUUAUUUCACGAGGUGAGAAACGAAUUUUAUAAGGAAUGCCAUGGAGUUUUGUUAUUUUAUGAUGUAUCAAACAAAGCAAGUUUUGUUAAUCUGGACGACUGGUUAAACGAAAUGUUAAUGACGUAUGAUGAUAUCAAUCAGUUCAAGAACCUCCACAUUACAAUAAUUGGAAACAAGAUCGAUAAAUCACGAGAUAUAAAUUUCGAAGAAUGCUUGAGAUGGGCUGAAGAAAGAGGCGUUGAUUUGCUGGAGAAUUCGCUGACUGAUGGAAGGAAAACAAAAGAACUGUUCGAGAAGAUUAUAUCGUCAAUUCUGCAGUACCAUAAGCUCGGCUCCAAAAACAGACACUUAAAUUUUUACUCAAAGGACCAAAUGGAUACCAUCAACAAAAUUCUACUGUCCAAAAGCGAUGAAGAGAUGUUACUACUAAAAGCUAAUUAUACAUUUUACAAUCCUAUUAUAAAAUACAGAAAAGAUAUAAAUCGAAAUUUUCGAAAGUUGUCAAUGUUGAUCCAUCCGGACAAAUGUUCCGCGUAUAAAGGCGAAGAAGCUUUUAAAAAAUUAGUUGCCGCCAGAAAUAAUUUGUCAAAAUAUUUAAAUUAA